CGGUCAGAACGGGAAGUCGCACCUAUACUUACAUGCGAGAUUUCGUACCUAAAAUUCGACCCUGUAGCCAUUUCUCCUUUCCUGCAAGGGAAGAGUCGUGUCAGAGAGUAAAAUAGAGCGAGAGAGCUCUCUCUGCACGGGCCAUGGCGCAGGUUCUGACGAAGGUACACACGCCCUACCAAUUCCUCUGCCGCCCCUCGCUGUCUUCCACGAAGCGGACCUCCCUCUAUGGCUCCCGCGAUGCCUUCCUUGGAAACUAUCAUCCUCGAUGGGCGGCUCUCCAGAAAGAGUUGGAGUGCGAGGGCCGCUACUCCAGCUUCUUUGCGGACGGCCGCAAGCAAGAGCAAGCUAGAAAAGCACUAGAAGGUGCCCUCGGCGAGAAGAAAACUGAGUUUGAAAAAUGGAAUAGAGAAAUCGAGAAGAGGCAGGAAAAGGGUGGUGGAGGUGCAUCAGGUCGAGGAGGCUGGUUUGGAGGUGGUGGUUGGUUUGGGUGGUUCGGUGAAGAGCACUUCUGGGAGGAAGCACAGCAAGCAAUCCUUGCUAUCAUUGGCAUUGUUUCCUUGUAUCUCCUGCUAGCAAAGGGCAAUGUGAUGUUUGCUGUCAUCUUCAAUUCGUUGCUGUUUGUAUUGCGAGGUGCAAGGAAUUGGUUGACAUUUAUUUCAUCAUGGUUUACUGGAAAAGCCUUUGCACCUGUUUCUGGAUCUGGACCCAUGAAUCAAAUGGUGAGCAACACAUACCAGACCGAAAUGUCUGCCAAAGAAAGAGUUGUGCGGAAAUGGGGGAUGGAUUAAUAUCGUUAUUGUUUCUCCUUCAUUGUGGAAGUGACACUGUUUCUGCCUGCUAAUAUGGUGCAAGAUGAGGCUGACUAGUGUCAUGCCAUGAAUGGUAGCUGUACGAUACUCGAGUUUGUCGGUGAUUUUGUAAUUGAUGUUUAGUAUGAGAAAAGAACCAUUU